UCCUAGAAUGGCUUUACUCCUUUAUAUAUGGCAGCUCAAGAAAACCACAUUGAAGUGGUGAAAUAUCUCCUGGAGAAUGGAGCCAACCAAAGCACUGCUACUGAGGAUGGUUUCACUCCUCUAGCUGUUGCACUGCAACAAGGACACAACCAGGCGGUGGCCAUCCUCCUGGAAAAUGACACCAAGGGGAAAGUGAGAUUACCAGCUCUGCAUAUUGCUGCUAGAAAAGACGACACCAAAUCGGCGGCACUCUUGCUGCAGAACGACCAUAAUGCCGACGUGCAGUCCAAGAUGAUGGUGAAUAGGACGACUGAGAGUGGCUUUACACCUUUGCACAUAGCCGCGCACUAUGGAAACGUCAAUGUGGCAACACUUCUGCUAAGCUGCAGUCGAUUUCACAGCAAGGAAUGGAAUCACCCCACUGCAUGUGGCUUCCAAAAGGGGAAACACAAACAUGGUGAAGCUCUUGUUGGAUCGCGGAGGGCAGAUCGAUGCCAAAACAAGGGAUGGACUCACCCCCCUCCACUGUGCUGCAAGAAGUGGACAUGACCAAGUUGUGGAGCUGCUCCUGGAACGAGGUGCCCCGCUGCUUGCAAGGACCAAGAAUGGGCUCUCUCCACUGCACAUGGCAGCCCAGGGGGACCAUGUGGAAUGUGUCAAACAUCUGCUGCAGCACAAAGCUCCCGUGGACGACGUCACGCUGGAUUACCUGACUGCCCUCCACGUGGCUGCACACUGUGGUCACUAUCGUGUCACCAAACUCCUCCUGGACAAGAGAGCAAAUCCCAAUGCUCGUGCCCUGAAUGGUUUUACUCCACUGCACAUUGCCUGCAAGAAAAAUCGCAUCAAAGUCAUGGAACUCCUGGUGAAAUAUGGGGCUUCAAUCCAGGCUAUAACAGAGUCGGGCCUCACACCAAUACACGUGGCUGCAUUUAUGGGCCACUUGAACAUAGUCCUCCUUCUGCUGCAGAACGGAGCUUCUCCCGAUGUCACUAACAUUCGUGGAGAAACUGCGCUGCACAUGGCGGCACGUGCUGGGCAGGUGGAAGUGGUUCGCUGCCUCCUGAGAAACGGGGCCCUGGUUGAUGCCCGUGCCAGGGAAGAACAGACUCCACUGCACAUUGCCUCUCGCUUGGGUAAAACGGAGAUCGUCCAGCUUCUGCUACAGCACAUGGCCCACCCUGAUGCUGCAACCACUAAUGGAUACACUCCGCUGCACAUCUCUGCCAGAGAAGGACAAGUUGAUGUUGCAUCUGUUCUCCUUGAGGCAGGUGCCUCUCACUCCAUGUCCACCAAAAAGGGAUUCACACCUCUGCACGUGGCGGCCAAAUACGGGAGCCUGGAAGUGGCCAAACUCCUGCUGCAGCGCCGUGCCUCUCCGGAUUCGGCUGGCAAG